AUAUAUGCCCGGUUACAUGCCAUCACCUCCUCCUGGAUUCAAUGCUAAUCAAGGUUUUAUGCCACAAGGCUUCCCACGACCCAUGAUGUAUCAACAGCCUCCACAACAACAACAACAACAACCACAACAACAACAGUCGCAACAACAGCAACAACCAUCGGGUGGUCAACAACCUUCACCAUCACAACAACAACAACAAAUGUCUCCUCAAGAACAACAACGAAUGAUGUUCUAUAAUAUGGUACCUCAUCCAGCCAUGCAACAACAAGCUGGAAUGCAUCCUGGUAUGUCAGCUCAUCAACCUCCUUUCAAUAUGCCUCGUCCUCCAUUGCAAGGAUUCAACAUGCAACAACUACCACCUCCUCCUCAAUUUACCAAUGGAAUGAAUGUUCAAUUACAUCAACAAAGGAUGCAUCAAUAUCAACAAAUGGUUCGAAUGCAUCAAUUACAAUAUCUCCAACAUCAAUCUCAACAACAACAAUCCCAACAGCAAGCUCAUCCCCAAUUCCGUCCCCCUCCUGGUCAACCACAACAUUUUCAACAUCAAUUUAGAUCUUCAAAUGCCUAUCCUGGUCCACCUCAGCAAUAUCAAUAUUAUCAACAACAACACCAACAGUAUCAACAGCCUCAACCUACUCGUCGAUCAGGAAGACAAGCCAAGAAGAAGAAACCAUUAUAUGAAGAUUCCUCUGAUGAAGAAGAUUUGGAUUUAUCUGAAGAAUCGGAUACUGAAAAAGAUAGUGAUUUUGAAAGCGAUGAGGAUGACACCAAGAAACGAAAGAAGAAUGGCUCUGAUGAAGAAGAAAGCGUUGUUAUACCAAUGGGAACAAAGGAAUUUGAACGUAUCCUUGAUUAUCGAAAGAAUGAUGAAACUGGUGAAGAAGAAUUAUUGAUCAAAUACAAGAACACAAGUUUCCAUCACGUCGAUUGGGUACCAUUGGAACAAAUUGAAGCUGAACAUUUGGGUAAACAUCGGGUCAAGAAAUUCAUUCGAAAAUGGGAAGAUGAUGGUGAAAAAGGCGAAGAUUUCCGUGAAUAUCUCAAGUUGGAUCGUAUUGUGGAUGAAGGUGAAUUAGAAGAUCCUUCUACUGGUGAUCUCAAAAUCUAUUAUCUUUGCAAAUGGAAUGCUCUAUUUUAUGAACACUGUACUUGGGAAAAAGAAGAAGAUGUUGAAGCGAUUGAUGAACACAAGGUGGAAGAAUUUCAUGAACGUCGAAUUAUUCCUGAAGCCAAACAAAAUCCUCCUCCUCCACGUCCUGAUCUUAGUCGAUUUAUGAAAUAUGACCGAUCUCCUUCGUAUCGGUAUGGAAAUGAAUUACGGUCGUAUCAAUUGGAAGGGUUGAAUUGGUUACGAUUCUGUUACUACAGUUUCAGAUCAUGUAUUUUGGCAGAUGAAAUGGGUCUUGGUAAAACUGUUCAAUCUGUUGCGCUAUUGAAUGAUAUUUAUCAUGUUCUUGGGAUUAAGGGUCCAUUUAUCAUUAUUGCACCUCUAUCAACCAUUCCUCACUGGGAACGUGCUUUCAAGGCGUGGACGGAUUUGAAUGUCGUUGAUUAUCGUGGUAGCAACUUUGCCAGAAACUUGAUUGUGGAUACUGAAUUCUAUUAUAAGGAUGCCGAAAGUAAUAACAUCCCUGAUCGUUACAAGUUUGAUGUCUUGAUCACAACAUAUGAAAUGGCUUCUUCCAGUGCUCCCUUACUUAGCAAGAUUCAGUGGAAAUGUGGUGUAUUUGAUGAAGCUCAUCGAUUGAAAAAUAAGCAAUCUAAAGUACUUGAAAUAUUAAAGACCUUUUAUAUGGAACACAAACUACUAUUGACUGGCACUCCAUUACAAAACAAUUUGGAUGAAUUAUAUAGUUUACUCAGCUUUAUGCAACCUGAUGUCUUUAGCGAUGAAAAUUACUUUUUUGCAGAAUAUGGAUCUUUACAAACGGCAGCUCAAGUGGAAAAGUUACAAGCUUUAUUGAAACCCAUCAUGUUACGUCGAUUCAAAGAAGAUGUGGAAAAAACUAUUCCUGUCAAGGAAGAAACAGUGGUAGAAGUGGAAUUGACAAAUCCUCAAAAGAAAUGGUAUCGUGCAAUUUUGGAAAAGAACUUUAGUUUCUUGAAGAAAGGUGCUAAAACCAACAAAGAAAUGCCUCAUCUUCGCAACAUUAUGAUGCAAUUACGAAAAUGUUGUAUUCAUCCUUAUUUAUUGGAUGGUGCUGAAGAAGUGAUUGUAUCCGAAUGUAACGCCAAAACUCCUCAAGAUCAAUUCACUUGUUUGGUUCAAUCCUCUGGUAAAUUGGUGCUCAUCGAUAAACUUUUGAAGAAACUUAUUCUUGGAAAUCACAAAGUGCUUAUUUUCUCUCAAUUCACAAGCUGUUUGGAUAUUCUAUCGGAUUAUCUUCGACGACGAAAAUAUGCUUUUGAACGAAUUGAUGGCUCAAUCCCUGGUGAUCAACGUCAAGCUGCUAUUGAUCGUUUCUCAACAUUGCCUAUUGAAGAAUCAUUCGUCUUUUUGUUAUGUACUCGUGCUGGUGGUGUUGGUAUCAAUUUAACGGCUGCUGAUACUUGCAUUAUUUUCGACAGUGACUGGAAUCCUCAGAAUGAUUUGCAAGCGCAAGCACGUUGUCAUCGUAUUGGUCAAACUAAACCUGUCCAGAUUUACCGUUUGAUUUGUGCAAACACGUAUGAAAAGGAUAUGUUCGAUAGAGCUGGUAUGAAAUUGGGAUUGGAUAAAGCUGUCAUGUCAAGAUCUGGACCUACUGGUGAACCUGAUAAUGGACAACCUAAUAAGCAUGAAUUGACCAAGCAAGAAAUUGAAGAUCUAUUGAAAAAGGGUGCUUAUGGAGCUAUGUUAGAUGAUGAAGCCAGUACUCAAUUCUGUGAAGAAGAUAUUGAUCAAAUUUUGGAAAGACGUACAAAGGUGAUUCGACAUGAAGGAAAUGAACAAGGAUCAGUAUUUUCCAAAGCAACCUUCUCAGCUGGUUCUGGUGAUGUGGAUGGUGUUGAAUUGGAUGAUCCUGACUUUUGGGAAAAAUGGGCAGCCAAGGCCAACAUUGAUACAUCUGAAGCUCCUGAAGAAAAGAACAAAUUGAUUCUUCAAUCUCCUCGACGACGACGCAAAGUAGAACGAUUUGGUACCAAACAUGUUGACAGCAAUUAUUCCGACAAUGAAAAUGAAGAUUCGGAUGCCUACGAAGAUGAAGACGAAGACGAGGAAGAGGAUCAAACAGCUACCCGUGGUGGUAUACUUGGUCGACGCGGAAGACGAGCAGCAAGUGCCAAUAGCAGUAAAGCAUCCACACCAACAACACCUCCAGCAAGAUCAACACGUGGUGGACGAAGAGGUGGUGGACGAGGUCGUGGUGGUCGGGCUGGUGGUCGUGGUGGAGAUACAAGUGCUAAAUUAUGGACCAUGUCUGAAAAAGCGAAAUAUGGACGCAAACUGAUGAUCUAUGGUUAUGGUGCUUGGGAACAAAUGAAGGAUGAUUUUCCUCGUCGAACAGAAAAGGAUCUCAAGGCAGUGACAAGGGCGUUGAUGCGGCAUACUCUUCCUACUCUUAACAAGGAAUCUGAAGAUGACAAGAAAUUGGCGGCUGAUAUCGAAUCCAUAUUGACAUCAGAUGCAAAAGAAGAAGUCCCUGAUGAUGACACUGUCCCUUAUAAGAAUAGUAACAAACGACAAAUCGCUGAAUUUAGGUCAUUUUUGAUUGAUGCUACUGAUGAUUAUAUUGAACAUAUUGAACGCAAAGGACGAAAUAUGUUAUUACGUAUUCAAAUGUUACAUACAAUUCGGGAUAAAAUUGUACCAAGUGUUUGGGAAGAAGCCAAGAAUAUGUCGAUCCCUCACGUGGUUGGUGCACGACCAGCAAAAUGGUGGGGUAAAGAUGAAGAUCGUAGUUUAUUGCUUGGUAUUUGCAAACAUGGUUAUCAACAAUAUAUGGAUAUUCGUAAUGAUCCUGAAUUCUGUUUUGCUAAAAGGAAAUAUUUGGAUCAAGAAGAAAGUGGUUCGAAUGGUAACAAGAAAGAAGAUGAAGAAGAAGAUGAUGAUGAUGGAGCGGAAUUGGAUACUGUAAUGGACGAUGCCAAGGAAGACAAUGAUGGCAAGGAUGCUGAAGAUAAUGAACAAGGCGAUGAAGAUACUGUAUAUGUAUGGCCAUCUCGAGCAGAUAUUGGAUUACGACUUCGAAGAGUGAUUAUUGCUUGUUUACGGGAAAGUAGCCAAAAUGAACGAAAACGUAAAGCACCGGAAAAGACACCUAUUCGACGUACACGACAACGAAAAAUCGCGGCAGCACCUCCUGCACGACGUGGUGGACGAGCAACACGAGCUUCAGCCAAAGCAUUUUCAGCAUCACCAGCCCAAGAAGACAGCGAUGAUUCCGAACGAACCACUUCCCUUAUCGCUGGCGAUGAUGGUGACCGUCUACGUGUGGAAAAUAAUCUAGACAUCGGUGACAAGACGAUGAUUGAGAAAAUGGCCAAUGUACCUAUGGACAAUAUCAAGUCCACCGUAGCCAAGGAUGAACUCAAGGAAGAACAGAUGAAUGAAGAAGACAAUGAACAAAUAGUCGAAGACAAUGAACAAGUAGUCGAGAAGAAGGAAACAUCAUCAAAUGACACAAUAUCAUCACCACCAUCUACUCUCACUAAUGGCCAUUCGGACAACAUACCACCAUCAAACGACACUUUAGAAGUAGAACCAUAAUCAAUCUUUUAUUGUUUGGCUGGAAAUCAUGAAAAAAAGAGACAAAAAAAAAAAAGACAAUAUAGACUUCGCACACCUUGAGUCUUUUUUUUUUUUCUUUCUUUU